AUGCCCCUUGGUACUCAUUUCCACUCCUCGUUAUUUAUAGGAACCAUCCAAGGCAUUGCGCCCCGUGAAUCGACACCAUCGCCUUCUUUUCGUGAAAGACAGCGGGCCGCAAAGGCACACUCUAUGCCCAACGUGCCAUCGGUCGCACAAGCUCUUGCCACCCAGAAUUCGCAAGCCAUUUAUCCUCCAGGUCAACAGCCUAGUCCAACUAUUUCGAACUCUUCUCAGCAGUCUCGACGAACGCCUCCACCUACUUCUCGCAUCUCUCCUGUUGCUUCGAAGAUGUCUGUUUCAACACAUGCACGUGAGCGCAGUCCCGAACGACUGAAUUCUCCACCGCCACUUGUGCACUCUCACAGCCAGCCGAUUAUCCCUCAUCUCAUCCCGCUUCCGCCAGGAGGCCCGCAUCAUAGCCAGAGCCAGCCCAACGUCCUUGCGCAGGUUGCGCAGAACCCUCAUCAUCCACGGCCCAUCAACCGGGUUCCGCCUCCACAGUUCUUGACUCAGUACCAGGGUGCGGAUGAGAAGUGGCAGAUGACGGAAGAGUUAAUGGCAGAGAUUGAAAGGGCAGAUUUGCAGCAGGCGCAGGGGCAGUUCUCGCAUCCUGCAGGGACGUCUGGUGUCGCGUAUGCGGGCGGCGCGGCGUCGAGUGGGUUAAGCCUGCUUUUGCAGCACUCCAUGAACCCUGCGGCGAAGGAUCCGGCAGUUGAGAGAGUGCGUGCGGGAGGUCGGUCCAGUCCUAAGGAGCAAGACAACGGCAGUGCCCAAGCAGCAAAGCGUCAGGUGCGAGAGAAGGAAGCCCAGAAUGCGCGCGAGAGCCCGAAGACCCGUGACCGUUCUCAGACGGUCUCGUCCAUCUCCUCGCUCGAGAAUCACUCGGUCGCUAACCGUACGCCUGAGUAUCGCGGAUCGCCUCAGUAUCAGACGCCAAUGGCGUCACCGGGUGAGCGAACCGCUGCCUAUACGCAGUACGUGUCCGAGGGCUACCAAUCCGGCAACGCACAGGGUCCCACGCCGCCUGCCCUGCGAAAGCCUGCACUUGGUUCUGCUGCCGCCGAGGCAGCUGCGACGCGCUCGACCCCCCCUGCCACGUCGAAACUUGCUGCAUCGAGUCACACUCCCCCAUUGCAGGCUAUGGCGACUCGACCCCCCGAUCGAUCCCUGCCAGUGCAGGAAGAGCCUGAAGAAGAUGUUGGGCACUAUGUUGACCACGAUCCCGAGUACGAGGACCGUCACUCGCCGAUACCGACUUCUGAAGUCUAUCCGGAGGCGGUGCGAUACGAGGCACGUCGUGAGCACAAACGUGCAGCCAGCAAUUCUGACGACGAUGAAGACGAUAUGACGUUGAACGAGGAAGUUGAUGACGAACAUCUGCAGCAGGGGAAGAACAGUGAAGAGUCAGAGACCGGUUCUGGUUAUACUCCCCGUUCUCCUUCAGUGAAUCUACCCGAUCGGACGAUGCAAUACGUCGCAUCUAAUGGACAGUACUCGCAACCAAAUGGCCAGUACGCGCAGGUCAACGGAGACUACCAGAAGACGGUUCGGGCUAAGCAUCGCUCGGGAUCGACUGAUCAAUUGGGCAUGCGGAGCUUCGACCCGACUUUAUUUGAACACACGGUUAAUAGCUUGAGAAGCAGCGACCAGAGUCCCUCUGCGAGCACUCAGCGGCCAUCUGCACCCCAGCAACAAUCAACAACACAGCCCCAGCAGCUUGCAGAUCUGUCGAGACAGCAAGCUGAGACCGCUCGUCAAUAUGCCGCGGGGCGCGCAGGAGAACAACGUAUGGUCUACCCUCCAUUUCAACCCCCCUUACCUCUUCCUCCCCCAGAUGAGUUGCAGAGUGUGCUUGAAGAUCCGACUUCUUCAUACAUCCGCUCGUACCUCCAGACGCCCGGAUCUCGUCCUAACGCGCCCAUCCCUCCAACACCGCAUUCGCAGACGGCCGCACCGUCCCCCCUUAUCUCUGCCAUACAAUCCGAGAUAGAAACCCGUCCGAUUGGCUCUCCGUACCCAUAUCCCUUCACUCACAUACGGCGCACCGCUAUCGCAGCCGCGCAGCAGGCGCCUUCAUCCAGCUUUGACAUUAACAGCCCUGAAUUCAUUCGUGAGCAGAUCCAGCGCCAGUUGCAGGUCUAUGCGAUGAACAAUGGUCUUCCUCAACCCCAGACGGACUCGACAUUCUCGCCUCCUGCGACGCCUUUCCCUGCCCCAGGAUAUUAUCCGUAUCCGUUCCUGCCCAUGAUGGGUAUGCAAGGCACCGGCGGCCACGGGGGCGCAGCCGGCUCAACGAUGAGCAUUCGCUCGAGCCCGAGCCAUGAGCCAGUGCAGCUGCCGCCGCCACCGGCGAUGCGUGGACGCGGCCUGAGGAAACGAGAAACGGCCGUAAACAACCUUCGUCCUGUGCAAGGUGGCGCGCGCACAGUUCGACGCGUGAAGCCGCCGCCUCGGGUUGAGAGUACACAGCCACGCGAAACGAGUCCGGAGCCGUCCUCGGGUUCAGGCGAGGAGACCGCUGGCGAAGAGCGGUUUGUGGACCAGUAUGUGGCCGAGGCCAAUGCGCAAGCUUCUUGGGUGAACGGGAACGGCCAUGGGAAUGUGAAUGGGAACGGGAACGGGGUAACGCAGCAAGUCGACGACGACGAUGGCGAGUGGGUGGACGAGGAAGAGGAGGGUGAAGAAGAAGACUUGUUAGAACUUGAAUACCACCCCACGUAUGUGAACAACACCCAGAAACGCCGAAGGAGAUGGGAUACGCGUUGGGAUGCGCUUUCGCAGGCGUUCCAAGCGCUGGAUCGCGAGACGGAUGCGACGUUAAUUUUGCUAGCAGCCCCAUCGCAUUCAACAAAGCUUCACGCUCUCACGUCGCGUUCGAUCCGACGAGAUGCGGGUUUGUUAAACUCACCCAAGUUGGCGACCAUCCGUGGCUCCUUUAAUUAUCUCGCUGCGCAGAGACGUAAUGCCCGCUCGCUGCGCCCUUCACUUGUUGAGCGGCUACAGCUCUCUGCUGCGUCGACUUCAUCUGCGGACGGCUCACCAGGAGCUGGAGGCUUGCGCGAAGAAGAGCUCCGGCGGGCGCUGGAGGUGGCUUUAGGGAGUCUUGUCUUUGUUGGAGUAAUUGGGGGGAGUGGAUUGUAUCAUCUAGAUAAUCUUACCUUUGUGAAGCAUGUCAACCCCGAGACACCAUGGGGGUACCCAAGCUCGCCCAUUACCAUUUGUGCCCUCCCUUCUGGUACCCAGGUAGCUUUCCUUGCCAGGCACGGCAUCGGACAUAGCAUCGCGCCCUCCACUGUACCCGCACGCGCGAACAUCGCCGCUCUCAAAUCUCUCGGAGUGCGCGCAGUGCUCGCUUUCUCUGCCGUGGGUUCGCUUAGGGAGGAGGUCGCCCCAGGAGACUUUGUGCUGCCCAUGCAAAUCAUAGACCGCACAAAGGGCGUGCGCCCCGCGAGCUUCUUUGAAGGCACGAGCAUUGUUGCACAUGCCGCUUUCGGCGACCCUUUCGCGAAUCGGCUCGUACGAUGGCUCGAGAGCCGCGUGCGCAGGGUGCUCGACGAGGAGGCUGUAAAGGCAGAGGCAGGCAAGGGCCCGAAGCUGCACACGGAUAAGUGUAUUGUGUGUAUGGAAGGCCCUCAGUUUUCGACUCGCGCGGAGAGCCAGAUGUACAGAGCAUGGGGUGCGGAUGUAAUCAACAUGAGCGUGCUCCCGGAGGCGAAGCUUGCGCGAGAGGCUGAGCUAAGCUAUGCGCUGAUUGCCACCGCGACGGACUAUGACUCUUGGCGACCACAUGAGGCUUCGGUGACUGCUGCGGAAGUGUUCAAGAUACUGCAAGAAAAUGCGCGCGUCUCCCGCCAAGUCGCAGCGACAAUCCUAGAGGAAUUGCAUGCCGCGGCGGUAGACGGAGAUCUCUUCUCCGAAGAGGUUGGCUCCAUGCAAUACUCCAUCAUGCCUCGUUCUGGCCAGCAGAAGGAGGAAGAUAAGAAGAAGCUAGCUUACAUUCUCCCGGCAUAUUUCAGCUGA